ACGCACACGUGCGUGCGUUGAUCUUACGUUUUUGUUGACAAUCGCGAGUGAAACGCGCGCGAACGGUUCCGCAUCGUCAUGGUGUGAGGUUACACGUGUUGUAGGUAGGACACGCCUUCAUCCUAAUAGGAGCGUCGCCCAACUUUGACGUGCCCCCGAACUUUCCCGAGGACGGACGCUACUGCCGGGAACGAAACCAGCUCGCAAGCUUGAUGGUCCGUCGACGCUGCCAUGGAACCCGGUCGCCGUGUUCCACAUAACGGGUGUUCACGAAUCCUCUGCAGCGACCAGUACGUCAUGCCGGACCUUUCGACUUGCAGGGACGCGCAUCUCGCGGCGCUCCUUUUCUUGAGCCGCGCAGCGAAGCCCUACGAUGCCACGACGGUGUUAGCCGGCAUCGAGAAACACCUCGACGACACCGCGCGCCUGAGAAUGCUGGGACCGUACGACUGCGCCCACAUCUGGUUGCUCAGGUUUGCGGACGCCGAAGCUCGCGACAAAGUCGUUAACGCGCCGGACCUCGAGUGCGGCGGUCAUCCGGCUUUCUGCGUCGAGCCGCAGCCCGAACAUUCGCUUCACCGAGGGCGCUGCGUCGCCGGAGGUCUGGGCUGGCUGUGCGGUGCAAGUCAUCCGGACUACUGGCUCCGAAUACUAGAUGUGUCGUUUCCUCCGGAAGACACCAAGUGCCUCUUUUCAAGAUCUUAUAGCUGGGACUGCGACGUCGUGGGGCCACGCUACGAGGAGUCGGACCUGGGCACGGAAGGAGAUAAUGUCGAGGAGGAAGAGGAGUUCGAGAAGCGGCAGCUGCUGGAGCAGGAAGCAGCUCUCAUGGCCGAGAUGGGCCUGCCGGCGUCCUUCACAUCAGCGAGGCGUGACGGUGGCAGGUGCAGGGGCGAUGCCUGCGCUGAGAACGAAGAGCUGCUGUGUUACGACGUGCCCGAAGAGCAGAGCUCGGCGGCAACCGUGGACGACUGGCAAAACUUUUGGGAGAAGAACGGAGACAACCUCGUGUGGCAGUCCUGGGUGCAACGCUACGGCGAGUACAUCUCUCCAGAGUACUUGGAGGGCCACUCCAUUGCUGCAGCAACUGGUCAGCUGGCUUCUGCUACAGGAGAUGAUGCUGCAGCGCUACUAGACUGUACAAAUGAGAGAGGACAAGCAGAGGUCAAAGUUGCUUCUUCCAUGCCCUCUGCAGACCAGUCACCUGGAGGUGAUGCUCAAGUGGAGAACAAGAAACUUGUUGAAGACUCCACACCCUCAACGUUUUCUUCCAGCCAGGGUGGCCAGUGUAGUGACAGCGGCACCUGCAGUACUACCGAUGCAGGUGGAAAAGGCGACUGCAAACCACCUUUCGAGCAUAACCAAGUUGACGAAGCGUUGCACCAAGAGCUUCCGGAAGACUGCGAUGGAAGUGCCGCCGUUGCUCCUCAGAAGUCCGACGACGAGCUGUGGAAUGAAGUUUGGGAGCAGCAUUACGUCGAAGUGUACAACCAUUACUACAGCCUGUUUGGUCACAACGGCGAGGGAGACGGCAGUGCGCAGCACUCAGAGUCGGUGAAUGCAGACUUCGUUCCUGUGGACGUAGAGCAGAAGAACUCUGCCACAUCGGAACAGUUGGACAACAUCCAACACCAUUCCGAGGUGAUAAAUGGCACUUCGGUAUCUUCUGGCUGUGACAACAGCGAGAACAGUGCUGCAAGUACCUGUAAUGGAACUGACUGUGGAACUGUAGAUUGUGAAAAAUAUGAGCAGGGUAGGGACUGUAGCGUUGCAGAGCAAGGGAGUGCUGCCGACUCGACGGCAAAAAGCGACUUCGAAGUCAACGGAGGGGACGUCAUCUUGCUCGAGGACGAGUGUGACGUGAAGCUGAUGAAGCAGAUGGGCCUGCCCGUGCAGUUUGCAUCGGCUGGCAAGCAGAAAAAGUCAAAGAAAAGCAAGAAAUGUCCUUCGAAGCGUUCCUCGAACGUUAAAGACAAAGACCUCCCAAGCUGGGACGAAUACUGGAUUCACAAUGGAAGCCGCCUUCUGUGGGACUCGUGGACCGAUAAGUACCCCGAAUUUCUAGAACCUUUGUUCCUGGCAUCGGUGAAACUCGACAGGACAUUGCCGAAUGCGGACGAGUGCCUCCGAAGAUGCACCCCCGCCAGUGAGAAUGACCUCCCCGUUUCGCUGCAUCGCGGUGGUUCUAAACUGCCGAAAGAUGCAAGCCUUUGGCAGGAGCUAUGGAGCGCCCAUUGUGAUCGUGUGUGCGGACUUGAAUUUGAGAAGUACCAGCAGGUUGUCUGCGAAGAACCUUCUGAAACCAAAGUGGAGAGCAAAAGGCACGGCGAAGGUGAUACGGUAGUUGAAGUUGCCAAGAUCGACGCCAGAAAUGAAAGACGAGUUGAUGAGGCGACUGUAGCGAGUGCGCGGAACUCUGUGCUUGUGCAACACAAUGGACAAAAGUCUGACGGUGUGAGGCAGUGUCCAUCUGGUUCUGAAAACGGUGAUCCCGGCAGUUCGUCAGGCUCGCCCAACACUAAAGGCUCAAGUGGCAAGGAUGCGUCUGGUUCUAACAGUGCUCGUUCUGCGGAAAGUGGUACUGACAGUAAAAACGCUCAGAAUGGCAACAGUGAUGACGACGGAGACGACCCACCUGAUGAGAGACCUGUGAAGCUCAAACGGAGUCACGAAGAGGACAUAAACUCUGACGAAGAAGACGCAUUCAAAGCCCUGAUAUCCUACGGACUGUCUCUGAAGGAAAGCCUGAAGGGAAUCAAGUUGGGUCCCGGAGGAGCCAAGUCUCACGUGGCAAACAAGAAGAAACGCAAGAAGUUGCGCAAGCAAGGCAACAACAGUCAGCAAGGCACAGCGGCACAACAACAAGAAGGAGACAUGAGACACUUGCUGUCCAUAUCCCCUUCCGACGAGGCAACGAUGCCUAGCUACAUUAAGGACAACCCGGAAUUGACCAAGUACUGGUUGCAGCGCUACAGGCUCUUCUCCCGGUUUGACAAAGGCAUUAAGCUGGAUGAAGAGUCCUGGUUUUCCGUGACGCCAGAGAACAUCGCCAAGCACAUCGCAGAUCGCUGCAAGGCUGACGUUGUCAUCGAUGGCUUUUGUGGCGCUGGCGGCAACAGCAUCCAGUUUGCCCGGGUGUGCCGGCGUGUCAUAGCCGUGGACAUCGACCCCGUGAAGGUGGAGCUGGCGCGGCAUAAUGCGGCCGUGUACGGCGUGGCUGACAAGAUCGAUUUCAUUGUCGGCGACUUCCUGGAGGUUGCUCCACGACUACAUGGCGACGUGGUCUUCCUGAGUCUUCCCUGGGGAGGGCCUUCGUACCACCAGAAGUGGUCUUUCGACCUCAAAGACAUGAAGCCUGACUUGUACGAGACAUUCGAGCUGAGCAAGAAGAUCACCGACAACAUCGCAGUGUUGCUCCCCAGGAACGCUGAUGUUAAUCAGGUCACUCAGCUGGCCGGUCCUGGAGGUAUGGUCGAGGUCGAGCAGAACAUGCUCAACAGAAGGAUCAAGACCAUCACUGCCUACUAUGGCGACCUCGUCUCGCGGUCAGCCAACACUUCCUCCCCACCAGUGCACAGCAAGAGCGGAAGAAACCAGCGUUAACUCAAGCGUUGUACACAAACAUGCCUGUACAGUCGUGAAAAAAAAAAUGUGUCCACAUUCAUAGUUGACUCAUCAAUGUGAUAUAAGAAUACAUGGAAAUUGCUACUUGUUUGCCAGACAUCUUUUGCUGAAAGAUGUUUGGUACCUCCCUGUUUUUUUUAAUGUGAGGUAGUACUGUAUGUACAACAGUAUACGAGAUACUACUGGGGCAUACAGUUAAUAUUUUGUGUUUCCAAGGUGACCAGUGGUCCCUUUUGUAAGGAAAAUGUUGUACAGUAGUGAGUGCAAAGAGUAGCAGCGUUACAUGCACGUAGUACUUGUGUGUAAAUAGUUUUAAGAAAAAUCCUAAAUGUUAUUGCCAAAACAAAUCUUAUUGUGCACAUUGUGCAGUCCAGAAACUAUACAUAGCUACACUACCAUUGCAGGAAAAAACUGUUGCUAUGAGUAGGGCAUGGCACAUUGUAUUUCAGUGUAUUCAAAACAUACAAUUAAGGAGAAACACUAUAUUGAUUGUUUACUUCAACAGCCGAGGAGAAGAAUAACGUGGAAGGGGUAUCGCAUACCAAUUGUCUAAUCGCCAGCAUAGGUAUGUGGUAAGGGAGCCCCAGCGCUAUUUCUCUAAUGCCACUCUUUUUUGUGUCGAUCUAUUACGGAUAAAACCAUAAAAGGGUUGCACAUAAAUCAGUGGUAAUGGGAUGCACACAUCAACAAUGUUGCUGAAUUCGUAUGUGGUAGAAACUCGACAUUUGUAGUUGCAGAUGAACCAGGAUAGUACCAGUGUGCGGUGUCGUGCAAAAUUUUUGAACGUAUGCAUUGCAAGUUUGUUUGGCUUUUUUUUUUUUUCGUAUGCUCAUUGCUAAGACAUCGCAUAUGCUGUCAAACCUCUGCUCCCAAGUACGUUAGGCCACAAAAGUUUAUGAGACACAAUACCGUAACAAAUGGUAAUUGCAAUGUUCAGUUAAGGCAUGGUGCUUCCAAUUUAGCAUAUCAAUUUGCUGGUAGUGCAGGCUGAUCCUGCCAGAGACUUCGUGGGAUUUCAGUUUUUUUUUUAGAAGUCCUAUGUCCUAUAACCUUUUGCAGCCAACUUUGUCUUCAUUGGUUAUUGACAGCAUUCAUUCUACAUACUGUUGUUGUGCAGCGUUCAAAAUUUUACCAUUACUACUGAAGAGUUGAGUGUAAGGUUUCUCUAUAUUCUUGCGGGGUAGCACUUGCCUCAAACACUCAACUUCAGUGACUACAAGUGUAUGUCUUGCAUAAUCACAACAGACUGCUGAACUAGGUACAGUGUUUGUGUAAUGAAAAAGCUUUUAGUAAGCCUUUUCUUUAACUGUACAAAGUUCACUCCCGACUGUUCAAGCAUAGUUA